AUCUCGAAUUGCUAAAAGAAUAAAAAAGUCUUGGUUCCUCUCACAAUUUAAAACCCUAGUUCAGAUCAGAUCAGUUCAGUUCAGAUGGUGGUUAUGGCUUCUCCAAAGGCAACGCCAACGACGAUGGAAGACCUCCCCAUAGAAAUUUUGAUGCAAAUAUUCGAUAGGUUAUCCCUUAAACUAUUAAUCCAAUUCAGCUGCGCUUCUAAGCGAUGGAGGUCCCUUGUCGUCUCAAAUCCCCAGUUCGCCAAAUCGUACUUCAAGCUGAAAAAACUCUUGCUCGCCACCUCUUCUCAAUUCGAAUCCCUAAACUUGGAAAACUCGUCGUUUGGGGACGAUUCUUCUGUCCGAAAGCUCGCCUGCCCAUUCAAGCAACCGGCCCACGCCGUCAACAUACUGGGCUCAUGCAAUGGUAUGGUGUUUGUUGCAGUCAAUGUUCAUGAUGGCUUUUAUAUCUGGAACCCCUCCACUGGGCUGUGCCGCAAAUUGCCCAACCCAGGUUUUGCCUCGACUAAUACAGACUUGGACUUAUCAAAAACCAUUAUAUGUCUCCACCACUGUGGUUUUGGCUAUGUUUCUGCCACUGACGACUACAAAGUUGUUGUGGCCGCUCACAUUAUGAAUUCAACCAUGCCUCUAGAGAUCUUUUCAUCCAGAGCUGGCUCUUGGAGAAGGAUUGAAUGCCCUCCCCACUUUUCCUCAUCGGCCUAUAUGAGUAAAACGAGGGGGACUUUUACUAAUGAGGCGCUCCAUUGGCUCCAAAAACUGCGUGAGCCAGAGCUGGACACUCCCGGAAACACCAUCGCUGCUUUUGAUUUAGCCAAAGAAGAGUUUCGGCAAAUGCCGCUGCCUCUUUUGGGGGAGACGAGUUCAGAUAGGGAUUGUUUUUUCAGUGACAUAGGGAUUGUUUUUGGAGGGUGCCUGUGUGUGUCGAGUUUUAAGAGGCAGAGAUGGGGAGCCGGGCAUCGUAGUCUGCAUGUUCAAUUAUGGGUCAUGAUGGAGUAUGGUGUUUGUGAUUCUUGGACCAAGCUGUUUAGGUUUGAGAUGGACGAUGUUAACCUUAGCCUACCAAUCUGCUGCACAGAAACAAUGAUAGUUAUGUCGACAUACAAACGUUGCAAUCUGGAGUUGAUCAGGUUUCAUCAUGAUGAAGAGAAGCUUGACAAUGUUGCGGUUUGUAGUAGUGAUCGAUAUACGCUUAAGAUGGGUCUCUGUGAAAUGAUAGAUUAUGAUGAGACGCUGCUUUGGCUUCCUGAUUCUAGGGCUGAGGGUGGUGAUCGAAAAAAGACUCAAAACCCAACAGAAGCAGAAGUAUUGAAGAGGAGUAAUUAAUUUCUCUCUGCUUUCAUGUGCUAGCAGGUGUACGGAACAAUUGUGUGGAUCAGUUGAAGUGAGUGCACUCUUAGGUUGCAAGACUCCAUUUACUGAUAUUGUCAUUUUCCUAUAUAAUGUAUCAUUUCUGGAGGCUAAUAUAUAUCUUGAACUCUGCUGUUUUGUCUAUUGAUAUCUGUCACUCAUCUAUGGAAAUGAUAUGUAUCUUGCUUUAUUAUGCGGUGAUAUCCUAUCAAAUAUUCUGUUU